AGAAGACAAACCCCUCACCCUCCACAACAGGGCUAUUCUCCAGAGCCCACUCUUCAGCCUCAAGGCUGCCUGCCCCUCUGGCUGCAGUUCUCUUCUCUGGCACUGAGGCUGCCAGGAAUGAAAAGGGGAGGGGGAAGGAGUGGGAGGCAGGCCUGGGGGAGAGCUGGGACCCUGCAGGCUCCAGCCUGAGGACUCUCCUCUCGGCUUCUUUCCCCUGUUGUUGGUGCUUCUGCUCUGCCAGGUCCUAGGAGAGGAGGAAGGAAGCCUGCCUUACCCAUCCUUGGAUCAGGAGUGAGGAGGUGCCCCGGAGCUGCUAAAGGACAACGGCGGCUCGCCCACCCUCACCACUGCCCUCUGCUCACAGCAGGAUGUGUGGCAGGUUCCUGAGGCGGCUGGUGGUGGAGGAGAGCCGGUACUCCACCCCUGUCGGGCGCCUCCUGCUGCCUGUGCUCCUGGCAUUCCGCCUGGUGCUGCUGGCCGCCGCUGGGCCUGGGGUCUAUGGCGACGAGCAGAGCGAAUUCGUCUGUCACACCCAGCAGCAGGGCUGCAAGGCUGCCUGCUAUGAUGCCUUCCACCCUCUCUCCCCGCUGCGCUUCUGGGCCUUCCAGGUCACCCUGGUGGCUGUGCCCAGCGCCCUCUACAUGGGGCUCCUUCUGUAUCACGUGAUCUGGCGCUGGGAAGAAUCAGAAAAGGGGAAGAAGGAAGAGGAGACCCUGACCUGCCAAGCGGGGGAGAGGGGAGAUGCCUUGGGGGCUGCAAGCCCCUGGCUGCUCUGGGCCUACCUGGCACAGCUGGGGGUGCGGCUGGCCCUGGAGGGGGCGGCCUUGGGGGGGCAGUACCAUCUGUACGGGUUCAGGAUGCCCAGCUCUGUCACCUGCCGGCGGGAGCCGUGUCUCGGCAGUAUCAGCUGUACGCUGCCUCGCCCCUCUGAGAAGACCAUCUUCCUAAGGACCAUGUUUGGGACCACCGGGCUCUGUCUUCUGUUUACUCUUUGGGAGCUGGUGCUCCUGGGCCUGGGGAGAUUGUGGAAGGCCUGGAAGCACAGGUCUCCCUCUUCUAACUACUCCCCAACUUCAGGGAGCUCCAAAAGGCACAAGGAACCAACUGGUACCUCCCCGGCAGUGGGGACAAAAGAACAGCCUCAAGAAGCAGGUGCAAGGGGCGCUGAUGUGCCUCCUUCUACCUGCCCCUGACGAAUCGGCCCUCAUCCCCUCCCACGGCAGGUCCCUCGCUCUCGGGGAAGUUCAGGGCCCACGAGGUACAAAGUAGAAAACCAGGUUCCAGGCAGAUGUGUUCUGACCACUGCUCCCAACCCAUCUCCCCGCUGCUAUCCCCGUCAACUUGAAGGUUCCUUCCAAGGAACCAGGACCAGAACGCUCCGUCGGUUGUACCUCUAGCCCUUCCAUUUUGGUCUCUUCCCACUUAGAAAGUCUCAGCUUCGGCUUGAUUCUCUAUUUUGCAGAGUUACAAAGCCACCUGGCUCACCUCUGAAGGAAACCCAAUGACUGGAUCUUCUUCCCAGGGUCCAGUGGGUGGGAAUUUAUCUCCAUGGCAACUUAGAGGCUGUUGAAGCAUAUCUAGGAGCCAUGGGGGAGGCCAUGCUGUCUGAAGCUUUUUCUUGGAGAGCUCCUGCUUGUGUCUUCUCACCAGCAUCCCCUGGUGUCAGCAUUGCAGUUUUCAUGGUCUUGGUUCCAGCGUCAGCCAGCAAGCCUCUGUAAAACUGUACCUCUCGCGGUCUUGCGCAGUAAACACCGACCACUGUUGGUGACAUUCCUAUUGCUGAGGACAGCUUUCCUUCCUGUCUGAAUGACUCCACUUAUUUCUCCUGUUGUUCACAUUUUCUGCUCCCUACCACCACCUUCCAAGUUCUGUAACCUAGGAAUGCCCUCAGCCCCACAGCGUAUGUUAUUUUCAGAACUCUGGCCUUCCAGGCAUAUGGAACCCAGUGUCCUUGUAUAUAGAGAGUCAAUGUAUUCUAACACCCAGCUCCACUCUUUAGGGCGAUUACUGUGCACUUAGAGGCUUACGACCACUGGACCACUGACAGUUCUGAUUUUUGCUCAGUCCUCAUUUUUUGCUUUGGGCAUGGCAAUGGCUCCACUGUUUCCAGCACAGAAGCAAUUCAUGUUGGGGAGGGGGAAAAAGUCCCUACUUUUUAAAUUCAUACCCCUCAAUACCACACAGAAAAGACAGCAGAGUCCUACUGCUGAUUCAGGGGCAACCGUAAGGGACAGUCAUAUCACAGUGUGAUUCAGCAGAGGCUUCUCUUUUCUGGAGUCCCUCAGUCACUUCUCUCAAAGAGCAUCCUCGCCUUCCACCUUUCCACGGAAACACCUCUCUUCCCAGUUCUUCCUUGCCCGCUUAAAUGCUCAACAAAGAGCAUUGCCUAGUUUUGUUUUCUCCUCUGAAUCCCAAGUGAAUGACGAAGGCCCAUUCCCAAGGAAAGCUAUUUGGUUCUCCAAGAAAAACAGGUAAAAAAAUCAUUUUUUCUUUCUGCUACCCAGAGUUUCUUAAAGAAUCUCCUAUCUGUCAUUGCCAAGACCCAGACAAGUGACCAAGGACAGAAAAAAAGCAAAUGGCAUCAUUCUGAGUUCCUCCUUGAUGGCGUUGCUUUUUAAAUAGCUUUAUUGAGACAUGGUUUACACAGCAUAUAAUUCACCUACUUAAAGUAUACAAUCCGAUGGCUUUUAGUACAGUCACAGAGUUUGUAUCCGUUAGCAUGAACA